AUGUCCUUUUUAAACACAAUCAGAGGCUUCGGCCGCAGUUCGAAGAAAAACAGAGAGAAAGAGACGCCCAAUCUCGAGUAUCAGAACCCGUACGCCAGCGAGUCUGCAACGUCAGUUAGGGGCGGCGCGUCGCCCACGCGGAGGUCGCCGCGCCGCGCGGCGCAGGCUCUACAGGUGCAGUUUCAGGCGCCUGCGUUCCAGCCGCCGCCGCGAUUGAAAUCCACGGGCGAUAAGAAGCCGUUGUUCUUGUGUGAGCCGUUUGUCAAGACCGCGCUCGUCAAGGGCUCCUUCCGCACGAUUGUGCAGUUGCCGAAAUAUGUCGAUUACGGUGAGUGGCUUGCGUUGAAUGUGUUUGAGACAUACACGCACUUGAACCAGUUCUAUGGCAUUGUCGCGGAGUACGUGACGCCCGCCGCGUACCCCACCAUGAGUGCGGGCCCGGGCUGCGACUACUAUUGGCAAGACGGCUCUGGCCAGGCGGUCAUGUUGCCUGCGGGCCAGUACAUCGAGCUUGUGUUGCUGUGGGUGAGCAACAAGUUGAACGACCAGACGUUGUUUCCCACGAAGAAUGGUGGGGCUUUUCCACCGUACUUUGGCAAGGACGUGAAAAAUAUGUGCAGACAAAUGUUCCGCGUGUUUGCGCACAUGUACCAUAACCACUUUGAGAAGUUUGUGCACCUACUGUUGGAGGCGCACUGGAACUCGUUUUUUGCGCACUUUAUUUCGUUUGUGCGGGAGUUUGGGUUGAUGGAUAAGCGGGAGAUGGAGCCGUUGUUGCCGUUGAUCGAGAGCUUGGAGCAGCAGGGAAAGGUGGCUGUAUAGAUAAGUAGUUCAGUAAGCGACUAGGAUGGG